AUGGCGGACGUUGAAGAAAAAGCUCCCUCAGAAAUCGAGAAAAGAGAGGACGAAGUAGAGCUUGAUGUGGGGAAAUGUGCUGCAGAAUUUGCGCAAUAUUGUCAAGUUGAUGUAAAGAAUGAGGUAUCGUACCCACUGAUGACUCAGUUUGUGAAAUAUUUGAAAGAGAUAAUUUCUGGUCUCCUAGAGAUUGUGUGACAAGAGAGAAUUUGGAUCUUACCACAUAUGUAUCGAUCUAUUUUUAGUCUAAAGUUAUCGAGGAAACCAUCGAGGAUAUGCUUGUUCGUUUGGACGAAUUUUCUCAUCUAGCUGACUCGGUAAGUGGUCUGAAAAUGUUUGUUAUUUUCCGUAAGCUUUCUUCUUAGGGGGUGCUCAUUUGUCUGUGUAAUAUAUUCACAGAAUAUUGUUUCUUCUGAGGCGCAUGACUGAUAAGGAAUUAGAAUGUGUUUCCAUUUUUCUUUAACUGUAUUUUUUCUUUUCUUGAUCAUCUUUCGGAGUAAAAAGUCCGAUCUCAGAAGAAAUCACGUUUUCAAAGGUUUUAACGGUUCAAAACUUCAUGUCCUUUCAUGUUUCGAUGUUAAUGGACUUUUUUCGUCCCACAUGGUUGGUGCUUUUGAGUAGUGAUAUUUUGUUUAAUUUACAAUUCUUGCGAUGACGUCCUUAUCGGGGGCUGCUCGACUCUUCCAUGAUCGUUAUGUGAGAAUUGUCUUGCUGACACCCUUAUGUACAACGCACACGCACGAGCUUGUUGAGUGAUCGUGCAAUUUUUGGAACCCUUCCUAAUUGGGAAGGAUUAUUAAAGAUACUUAAAGAAGACCUGUGGGUAAUUAAUGCAAAGGGAACUGCAGAAGGUUGCCCGCCAGUUGGUUGUUCUUAAACUCGGUGUAUGUAUGGAAAGUAGUUAGUUUCAGGGUUUCAUUUGGUAUCCAUUACCAAAGCCCACACAGACAUGUCCUUUUCUCAUCUCCAAGUGACAGAAAUUGGCACAUCUUCAUCAAUAGUUAUAUGUAAAUACGCUCAUGUAAAUUGCCAGUUCAAAACUUUCAAGCUUUCAACUCAAACUUGUCUUUUUAUGUCAAUUAACUAGGCAAGCAAUUUUCCAGAAAUUGUUGGUUAAGAAAAUGUUUUGAUGAGUGAUUUGGUGCAUCCUUGAAAAGACCUGUGUGAUUUAGUUUUUAUCAUGAAAUUGCUGACUCUUCCAUUCAGGUUGUUGUACCAAUUAAAAAAAGUUUCAUGAACUGUUUUUUUCUCUUGUCCUAUGAUAAUGAUUUGAUUUUUGUUUUUAAUCAUUUAACAUUUACUUACAGCACUAGUACCUUUCUUUCUGCAAUUACAUUAAAUUAUAGCUUUAAUUUGCUUUUUUAUGACUUAUUUGUACUGGACUCUAUGUUGUAACAUCCCUACAUGCGAUAAUUUGUUUUUAUUACUACACAAAUAUUUGGUUAACUUUACUUUUAUUAGUGUCACUUAUAAGAACUGUAGAUGGCUUACAUGCAAUUAAUGAUAUGAUAGUUAUUAAAAAAACUUAUUUUAAGAAGAUCUCUUUGUAUUAAUUUUUCUUUACAUACAGAUACGCAAUGAUUCCUCACAAUCCUUGAUAGAAAUUAUUCCACAACUUUAUGAAAGAUCUCAGGAACUUCCAACAAUCUUCAGAAAGAUUGAUCAACUAGAGGUACAGACAACUUGCAUCAUAUAUGUAGAACUUUUGACCCUUUUACUCCUAAGAUCUCAUUAGUAAUUCUCCUAACCAUCUGCCAUGCAAUUCUUAUGAUGAAAGUUUGAAGAAUUUGGUAUUGGAUCAAUCAGCUAUUAAUCCCUCAAUUUAUAUUUGUCUUCAUUCUCAUCACUUUUCUCAGUAUUGCAUUACUUAUGAAAUUCUGUCUUGGUCACUUAUGGGAGUUAAAGAUUUAACCUUCCUUAUGGUGCUGUUGUGAAGAGUAAUAUUUUGAAAAAUAUCAAUUAAAAUAUUUUUCCACAUUUUAGUUUGUCUAAGGGUUUGCCUUGUCAAUGAUUAUUUAUCAUGUGGAAAGUGAAUGCUUAGGCUUUUGUUAUAUUAAGAAAAAUUAACACAAUGGUGAUUGAUAACCUGUGAUGGACUGGCAUCCCAUCAGGGGAAGGGUAGAAAUACUUGUGGGUAACUUUUGAUGGACUAGCAGCCCAUGUGGGGGGAUUAGUGAUACUCUCAUUCACCUCAUGCUGUCCAAACCAAAAUAACCUCUGUCCAGAUGGAUCACUUUACAAGAGAGGUGACUGAACCUGUACCCUGUGUGCAUUCAGUCUGUACUAAACCUUGUUUGAUGUGUCCUACUAAGGCUUUUGUAAAUGCAGUCAAGAAAAACGUGGAUGAAAUGGAGGAAAGUGUGUCAACAGCGGAAAGGGAACUUGGAAGUCAUAAAAUUCAAAAAGUCCUAAAAUCCAUACCAGGACUUAGACAGGUGAGUUUGAAGCUGAAUGUAUUCUAUGACAAGGCAUGCCAAUAUAUGUAAACACUCACCCUCGGUGUUCAUCUCGCGCUCACCUCGUGCUUGUCUCCGCUUGCCUUUCGCCAGGUGGGCGUAGACUGACCUGCGAUCAAGCAUUCUUUCCACAAUCCUGAAAAGACAAAGCCCCAUCGCAGGUUAGGCGAAGACGAGCGCCAUUCACCCCCGAGAGGAGGAGCUACUCUUCUCAAACCCUAUUCAAACGGUCACGAUAGUUAAUGAUAGUUUCAACUAUCACGCGCCUUUGAACACGAACUGUCCUACACUAUCAUCGAGUAUCAUCAACUAUCAUGUGGUUUGAACACAUUAAAAUUCGACAUGAGAGUUAAUGACAGUUUUUGCCGUUUGAACGAGCGGAUUAUAGUGCACGAUAGUUUUUCAUUCAGCGGUUUUGCCAAAAACGGGCUCAAACCGAAAUGGCAGGUGGUAAAAUGACUAAAGUAGCCCUCAAAAUUGCGCAGAAUGUCUAGCAGUUCAUUCUUAUCGUCUCCUGGCAGGCUUCAGUAUCUUCAACUCACAACUUCUUGACUAAAAUUCCAAAUGCCAUCAAAAUUGCAGACCUCAGCGCGCGCUAAACUUUUUUUACAGCUACGCGAUCUUGUAGCGUGAUUUUGUCAACUAUCAUUAACCGUUUGAAUGCAAACAUGAUAGUCAAUGAUAGUGAUUGAAAGUUGAAACUAGCGUCGGCUAUCAUCAACUAUCAUGAUUGUUUGAUCGGGGCUUAACGCUCACGUUCACCUCGCGCUCGCAAGCACCCCCUCGCCCCCCUCCCCUUCAGAAAAACAACAACAGAAAAAAAUUCCGUCAAUUCAGUAGGGUAAGCUUCUGUUUUGCCUUUUUGCCUUCAGAUGACUCAGGGUCCUACAAAGCAAGAGAAAAAUUUCUCAGACUGGAAAGCACCAGCUGUGUUCAAAACAAGUGACUUCCUUGGUCAAGCAUCAACAGAGGAACUGUCGGUCGAAGGUGACGAUACUCAAAAAUCUGCGACGGAUAAUUCCUCGCCGGACAAGCCCACAGAUGACAGCACAAGCCAUACGACAGACAGAUAAAGAUAGAACAAGAAAAUUAAAAGAUGAGAAAAAAGCAAGAAUUUAUGAGCUCUCUAGAGUACAGAAUCAGGUUACUUUUUCUUAUCUCUGGUGGAAAAAAGUCACCCAUCAGAAAAUCAUGUUUUAAUACUACAGAAAUAUUCUAAGUUUAUCAACAUUUGGAGAACACUAGAAUAAUAGUUCUUAAUUAUAAAUCAAAUCAUUACCGUGGUCUAUAACCGUAUUUGUUAAAAGGGACAUCGUAUGUAACAAUGACAGGUUAAGAAAUAAGUAAGUAAGGGUAAUGGCAAAAUAAGAGCUUACAUUUUCAUUCAUAAAUCAAUGCGAGUUUGUAAGAGAACAGUGUAAUUUCAACCAAGUCAGUAUUUAAAUACAUAUGAUAGGUUAAAGUUUUCCUUAAAUUCCAGCUUAGAAUAUAUGACAUGAUGAUAAAGUAAGGACAUGGAAUUUCUAAAUGGGAAAUUCUAUCGUAGUAUUCUGCCGGGAUUAGUACCGAAUUAGCCUGCGUUACCGGCGCCGUUUUUUUUUUUUUAAUUUUUUUUUAUUUAAUUAUUUUUUUUAUUUGGCGCUUUGGGAAAAAGGUAUAGGGAUACCGCGAAAUUUGAGUGGAUAAACCGUUCACUGAGUCCUUGGCAAAACUAUUACACAGGUUCCGUAAGGGACACAGAAAUUUUUCGUUACGUCAGACUGUGGUGGAAAUAUCAAAAAAGUAAAAACUUUUUUGUCCCUGAAUUAAAAAUUUCUUUUCGAAAAAUCAGGUCUAGAUCCGUCAAAACUAAAAAAAAAUGGUUCGCACAUAAAUUUUUUUUAAGGUUCAGAUGCAAAUGCCCCAAAAACAUUAAAAAACACUUGUCCUUACCCACCGUAUUAAAGAACAUGUUGUGCACAGUUUGCACCUGCAAAGAAUUGAAGCCCGUACUCAUUUAGAGUUAGACCUUUCCCUUUCGCGUUCUGAUGCUCCGAAGGUCUGAGGUUCGAUUCCUCAUGGGUGAUUAGGAUUUUGUUUUUGUUUUUCCCACGAUCGUGACAAGACGAAAAGACCUUUUUCUUUAAAACAACGAGCUCAAAAUCUAUCAUCUUUCAUAUUCUAUUGAAUUGUUGAAAAGAAUGGGAAUAUGUACACUAAAUUGACUAAUUUCUAAAACCCCACAAAAAAAAAAAUGAGACAGGGAGAAAGAUUUGAAAAAAAUCGUAAAUCGAGAAAAAAAAAAAGCCUGUAGUGCAGACGUCUUACUGGAGCGUGUUAAUUUUGCAAGCUUGUGAUCGUUUGUCGGAUUGGGCGGGUCAUGUUUGAUAAGAGUAAGAGUAAACGGUGAGGGGAGGGGGAAGUGAAAGGCCCACCCCCUUCCCUCUCCUUUCUCAGUGACCGUCGCUCGUUCCCUUGGUACAAAUUUCUUACUCUGCCCAGCCUUUUACAGCUGUAGAUAUCAAAGAGGGCAGCUAUAAUUUUCACCUCGAAAAAUACAGGGCACUCGCUCGCCAAAAUUACGCCUGCUCUGCAGGCUAGAAUAAAGGAAAUUUUAGAGUGUUGGUUGCCAAGAGCGUGGAAGGGACAUCGUCUGAGUCUUCCACGUGGAAUCAAAUCUCAGACUUCCAGAUAUUUGGCUUUGAGGCCCUGCCAACGAGCUUCAGGGAAUUCUGUGGUGAACCAAGUCACUAUUAGCUUCACGCAUGGCCAGCGUUCUGAAUAAUGCUAAGAUCAGCUAAGUUGAAAUCACGAAGUGUGUUUAUAGAGUGAGAGAACGAUGGUAAAUGUUUAGUUCCGUCGUCGAAUAAAGAAAACAGAAAUUAGUCUAAAAAAGGUACUUAAGUUUUUAAGGAAAUUGGAUUAGCCUAAAGUUUAUUUGCAAGCACGGACAGAGAAAUGGAC